GGCCCCCGCGGCUCGAAGAGCGCGACCGCGAGGAGAGGAAGCUCAACGAGGACGCCCCGAUCGGCUUCGCGAUCGUGCCGGCCCCCAUCCCGCGCCGAACGGUCGGGGCGGCGAAGCAGAAGAUCUUCGCGAUCAGGCGCGCCCACUUGGUUGCGGGGCAUUGCGACUCGCUGCUCCACCGCGCGAGGCCCUGGUCCACGCUGGCCAGCCCACAUAGGUGGCAAGGGCCUGGUUGGGUGGAGAAGCCGGCGACUCCGCGCGCGAUGCUCUGGUUGAGGGACUUCGUCAAGCAGCAGUCGAGCCUGGCGCCGCCAGGCGCGGCUGCCCUGACGGCUUUCUUCUUCGCGCUCACCGGGUCUGAGUGCCUUGCGCGGGACAUCGAGGUCCGCGACGCGGCGAACGAGCUGGGCUGCGAUAUCAGCGACGCCUCCGGGCUGGUGAGCCAGAUCAUGGUGUCCAAGACGGACCAGUCAAACGCGGGCUGCCCCCGCAACUGGCGCCGGGCGGGGUCGGCCUCAGCGCGCUGCCCUGCCUAG